AUGGCGGAUCCGAUAGAGUCGAAAAACAUUGCAGACGACGUGAUCGUCCCAGGGGCUCCUGGUGAUAAGAGGAAGAUGUCAUCAGAAAUGAGUCCAGAACAGACUAACGUCAUAAAAAAACUAAAAGAGAGUAAAGCGCAACCGGACACGUUGUGCCAGUGUCCCCAAAAAUGUUCAGAACGUGUACCGCAGCGAUCCAAGGAUGAGCUGUUUAAAAUGUUUGUAGAAAUGGACAGCGAAGAUGUGCAAAAUAAAUUUUUACAGAAGUUUAUUGAAGCUCGACCUGUUGCCAAUCGCUUGUUUAGUAAAGAGACCACAGCUAAUGGUAAACUAUUAAGAAGAAUUCAUUGCAAGUACAGAAUACCUUCUUUCGUAUCCGAUGAUUUUAUGUCAAAUAUAAAUUGCGACUCUGACAAAGAUGAAGAAUCAGACUUUGAUGAAACAUCUUCGGUGGCGUCUUUGGAUUCCAAAGAAGAGAAUGACAAGUCUUUAGAAAGUGAUUCAACAGAAACAUCAAGAAAGUCAUUAAGUCGUUACAAUUGUGUUGAUGUUUGUCAAAAAGCAUUUCUCAAUCUGUUUGGUUUAUCAGAUAAACGUUUAAAAACAGUUAGAGAAUUAUUGAUAAUUAAAGCACGUCAAAAGCACAUGAAACGUAUGAUGGAAAAAGAAGAAAACCAAAUAGAAGUAUCUUUAGCUAAGGAUCUUGCACAGGGUUGUUUGCCAUUGAUGGCACUUUUUAAUAAAGAAGAUAGUAAGAAAGUAUCUGAUCAGUUGAUGACUGCCAUCAGCAAUGAUAUAAAUUUAGUAAAUAACUUCUUUUGCAAUCAGCUAUGGAAACCAGAAUACAUUAACCAAAAGCCAUCUGAAUGA